GUGAUCUGAUCUUUUCAAAGUGAAGCCGAUUAUCGCAAAUCACUUGGUUGAUUGUUGUAACCGCGAACACAGUUGGUUUUCUAUGCUUUCGAUAUAAUUGAUGUAUUGCACAUCUAAUAAUACCUGUUUACUGUGGUGGAUCACAAAGUGGUGAAAUAAUUUUCGUAUACUUAUUAUAGCUUAUUUGCGCACAAUUUAUUUCAGUUUAAUCCAGAUUUUUCAUCUUUACUUCUCCAUUAACUUUAAUUAAGGAAAAAUGUGGUUGGGAAAUGAAAAAUCACCAAUAGAAUGGGGCUGGCAUGUAAAAAAUGAUUUAUUAUUGCCAAUACCCUUAAAAGGUCCUUUGAUUCCCGAAAGCUUGUUAAAUUUAAUUACGUGUAACUGCACAAAAGGUUGCACUGCUAGUUGUGGACGCCGAAAACAUGGAUUAAAAUGUUCAAUGAUCUGCGGAUACUGUAAAGGAAAUUCUUGCCUUAAUGCGAUGGAAGCCGCAUUGACGAAGAUGAUAUUGAAUCAAUACCAGAUGAAGAUAACAACACCUCAAACAAAGAAACAGAGGAUAAAAACAACGCUAAUCAGGUGCAUUUCAGUGAUGAUCAACCUACCACUAGUGAUCAAAAACGAAUACAAUUUCAAUAGAAUGAAAGAGAUUAUUAUAUUAUAAAUAAAGUUUUGUUUAAAUUUAAUAGUUUGU